AUGGCAGAGCGGACAAACCUAUGCCUAUCUGCACAAGGCGCCCGUUAUAAUAAAUUCUCCCUUUCUCUGACAUACUCCACCAUCAGCAGCGACGACAAUAUGUCUCAAUCAACGGACAAAUACGAUGUUGUUAUCAUUGGUGCUGGUCCAGUCGGUCUUUUGGCUUCACUCUGCUUCUCCAAGUGGGGUUAUAAGAUCAAGCACAUUGAUAAUCGUCCAGUGCCUACCAAAACUGGCCGGGCAGAUGGCAUUCAGCCGCGAUCAUUAGAACUGCUUCGAAAUCUUGGCAUAAAGCGAAAGCUCAUGGCUCACGAUCCUGCCAGGGUUUAUGACGUUGCGUUCUGGGAUCCUUUGCCUGGGGGGAAGGGUAUACACAGGACGGGAAGUUGGCCCAGUUGCCCUUCCUUCAUCGACACGAGAUACCCAUUCACCACCCUCUUGCACCAAGGUUUAAUUGAACGAGCGUUCAUAGAGGAGCUAGCAAAAAACAACACUACCAUUGACCGCCCCUGGACAAUUGUAGGAUUUCAGAAUGAUGGGAAAGAUAACGCGUACCCGGUGGAGGUCAGGCUCAAGGAUCUCGACACAAACGUCGAAGAAGUGGUGAGAACAAAAUACCUAUUUGGCGGGGAGGGCGCUAGAAGCUUCGUUAGAGAGCAACUGGGAAUCCAAAUUUUCCACAAGGAUCCGAUUGCUCACGUUUGGGGUGUGAUGGAUGGGGUCGUACGGACGGAUUUUCCCGAUAUCUUGACAAAAUGCACAAUUCACUCAGAUAGUGGUUCCUUAAUGGUCAUACCACGAGAAAAUAAUAUGGUUCGGCUCUAUGUCCAGAUUUCAUCCUCGACUGACCCAGAUUGGAAUCCAAGGAAAUCUGCGACAGUUGCAGAGGUUCAGAGAGCUGCUAAGAAGAUUCUCCAACCUUACAGUUUAGAAUGGGACCAGGUGGAAUGGUACUCAGUGUAUCCCAUCGGGCAAGGCAUUGCUGAGAAAUAUACAUUGGAUCAUCGGGUGUUCAUUGGGGGAGAUGCUUGCCAUACACACAGCCCUAAAGCCGGCCAGGGCAUGAACACUGCAUUUCACGAUGCUUUAAAUUUCGCCUGGAAAAUCCACCUGGUUGAGGGCAAAUUUGCCAAGCCAUCGAUCUUGACCACAUAUGAAUCAGAACGAAAAUUGAUUGCUGAAAUCCUCCUUGACUUUGACGCCAAGUAUGCUGCCCUCUUCUCGACACGACAACCAUCCGCAGCCAAAGUGGGCGCAGCCAGCGACGACGACGACAACGACGGGACAAACCCUGCCAACGAAUUCGUAGAGACGUUCAAAUCCGCCUGUGAACUUACCAGUGGGUACGGUGUCGCUUACCAGCCAAACAUUUUCAACUGGGGGCCUGAUCAUCCCGCCAAAUCCCCUCUGUUCAACCCCGUAGGGGUGAAAUUAGUUUCCGGUCGGCCCUUUCCCUCAUGCACAGUUACACGACUAAGUGAUGCGUACAAAGUCGCUCUGGAACAAGAGGUGCCCAUCAAUGGAUCCUUCCGCAUUCACAUCUUCGCCGGAAACCCAGCCAAGACGCGAGAAGCAGUGAACGAUUUCGCCUCUAAUCUGGUGAAGAAGCUAUCCUUCUACUCCAGUUAUCAGCAAAGGGAUACCGACACCGUCUCCUAUUUCGAACGACACAAUCCUCACUCCCGCUUCUUCACGCUCACCGUCAUAUUUUCGGGCCAGAAGUGUGCGAAAAGAAUAGAUCAACUGCCCAAGGUGCUGAGGGACUAUCGUCAUCACGUAUACGUCGACGAUAUCCCAGACAUUAAAAUGCCGAACGCAAAAGCGGCCGCCCAUUCGAAGCUUGGCUUCGACGUGGAGCAGGGGGGUGUUGUUGUUCUAAGACCAGAUGGGCACAUUGCAUGCACUGUGCAGCUUGUCAGGGGCAGCGGUACUGUAGAUGCCCUGAAUGAAUAUUUUGGGGCGUUUACGACUAAACUACUUGGGAGUCAUCACUCUCAAGCAAAGCUCUGA